UGUUAAAUUGGUCACAUGGAUGCAACGUUGUAGCAGCAAUAGCAGGGAUGAAGAAAGGGAAUUGGCGUGACAGGGGCAGGGACCGAAGGCGACACGGUUACCGCUCUGACUGGCAAAGGGACAGAACACAGGAACAAAGGUAUGGCAGCAGUGAAGCGGGCCCCUCCUACAGAGACAGGACCCCAGAGAGUAGGCCUAGUUCUGCUGCAGCAGCCUCAUCCUCCUCCUCCAGCUCUUCUGCUCCAGAGCUGCCAGGGUUCUACUUUGACGCCGAGAAGAACCGUUACUUUCGUCUGCUGCCGGGCCACAACAACUGCAACCCUCUGACCAGAGGGCUGCUGCAGGAGAGGGAGCAGGAGAAACACAGGGCCAGGAUGAUCACCGAGGACGAGAGGCCCAGGAAGAAAGCACCUAGAGCAGGCCUGAACUCAGCUCUGCUGCUGCAGAAAAGACACCUGGGUCUGCUGCCUGGGGUCUCGUACUGUAGGCGGAUCCAUGAGGUGAAGGUGAGUGGGAUGAGACGUCACAGACUGGAGGUCCAGAGCUCUGGCAGCAGCAGUCCCAACACAGACAACUUCAGACUCAUAGUGGGUGACUCUGCGUGUGAGCGAGUGUUCACGGUUAACGACGUGUCUCACGGAGGCUGCAAGUAUGGCAUCAUGAACUUCAGAGGCUGCAGCAGGGGCUCCCUGUCUGUUGAGAUGUGUGACAACCUCUACUUUACAAAUAGAAAGGUGAACUCUAUCUGCUGGGCCUCCGUCACUCACCCUGACUCACACGUCCUCCUGUGUCUGGUGGGCAUGGCAGAGACUCCUGGCUGUGUCAGUUUACUACCAGCUUCUCUCUUCAGCAACUCCAACCCAGACCAACCGGGGAUGCUGUGUAGUUUUAAGAUAUCUACAGCCUGGUCCUGUGCCUGGUGUCUCAACCCUCAGGCUGACAAAACCUUCAGCACUGGUCUGUCUCGCAGGGUGAUAGUGACGGACGCAGUGACGGGCAGGAGACAGACGUAUGGCAUCGGCAGUGAUGUGCUGGCACAGCAGUUUGCCCUCAGGGCUCCGGUCCUGUUUAAUGGCUGUAGGUCAGGAGAGAUCUUCAGUAUCGACCUGCGUCAGAGAGGCAGACGGGACCACAGCUGGAAGGCCUGCAGGUUCUACCAGGACUCUGCUAUCACCUCCGUACGAAUACUACAGGAUGAGAACUACCUACUGGCUGCUGACAUGAUGGGAGAGAUCAAGCUGUGGGAUGUUCGAGUAACAAAACCAGUGCAGAAGUACGAGGGCCAUCAUAAUGAACACGCCUACUUACCCCUCCACAUCAAUGAACCUGAGGGACUGCUGAUGGCUGUGGGUCAGGACUGCUACACCCGUCUGUGGUCUCUGGGGGACGGCAAGCUCCUGAGGACCAUCCCAUCUCCCCACCCUGCAGGGAAGGACCUGAUCCCCAGCGUGGUCUUCUCCUCCCAGCUAGGAGGCAGCAGAGGCCUGCCUGGUCUCCUCAUGGCUGUUAGGCACGAUCUGUACUACUUCCCUUAUAACAGUGACUACCAGGAGGGAGGAGGGGUUGUAGCAGAGGCAGCCUGCUAGGGGAGGGCUUGACUGAGGCAGCCUGCUAGGGGAGGGCUUGACUGAGGCAGCCUGCUAGGGGAGGGCUUGACUGAGGCAGCCUGCUAGGGGAGGGCUUGACUGAGGCAGCCUGCUAGGGGGAAGGCUUGACUGAGGCAGCCUGCUAGGGGAGGGCUUGACUGAGGCAGCCUGCUAGGGGAGGGCUUGACUGAGGCAGCCUGCUAGGGGAGGGCUUGACUGAGGCAGCCUGCUAGGGGAGGGCUUGACUGAGGCAGCCUGCUAGGGGAGGGCUUGACUGAGGCAGCCUGCUAGGGGAGGGCUUGACUGAGGCAGCCUGCUAGGGGAGGGCUUGACUGGACCUUGGUUAAAAGGCCUCACUACUCUUCUGUUCCUGUUGACCAUUGGUCUGAAAUAAUUGGAAGAGGAGAAGGAAAAUGGACAAGGAAAACCUUUCUUUGCAAAGUAUCUGGAAUAAAGGAGACUCUUACUGCCUAAAGUUACCAGCUUGGAGCUUCAAGUGGAGAGUUGGGUCUGACCGUAGACCUGCGAAGAUGGACUGCUGGAACAUGGAUCCAGGACUCUUUGCUGUCAACUACUCUAUUUGUCUAGUCUCUGCCAGUGAACCCUGAAUUAUGUCCACAGAAACUGCAAUUCAUGAACUGGCCAGUGAGUUUCUUUUUGAGAAGUGUCUUUUUUUUGUCUUUAUAAUAAUAAUAAUGAUUAAUCCUAAACAGAUUUGAUAAUAAUGAUGUAAAGUUUAUAUAAUUCAAACAAUGUAUUUUAUCCAUGGUGAUUGAAUUGGUGUCUUGGAAUUAUAAAGAAAUGCCAUGGUUAAAGGGAUGGAUUGUCAGCAGACCUCCACAUAACCAAUCUGCUUUUUCUAUGAUGACACACACACUGAGGGUCUGCUUGUUCUAUGACCACACACUUUGAGGUUGUGAAGUUUAUUAAAUAAGCAUACAUGUUACAGUAAACAUAGUAAUGGUAUUGAUCUUCA